UUUAGUUAAGACAUUUUUUAACAGCAACCAAAUAUCUUGUUUUCUAUAACAAAAUAUUUAUUUACUUCUGCUAAAUAUACUUUUCUGAUUUGUUCUGUGGACCAAAUGAUUUUGUUCUUAGACCUCGCAUACAACAAUUAAGCAUUUUAGUUAUUUUACCCACAGAAACUACAUAAUAAUUAAAUCUUCUGUUACAUAAGCUAAAAUAAUGCUCAAUGAGUACAAUAUCGUCUUUCUAUGCAUUAAAAUUUAGAUUUUAUACACUAUUUUAUAUAUUAACAAAAUAUUAUAGUAGCUUUAACAAAACUGCCUUGUUCUUCUAACCAAACGAUUUGGUAUAUUUUAUACACAAGAGCGCCGUUAUUCACGAAUAGAUGGCGCAGGUACGUGCUGUUGGAAACAAAUGGUAUCAGAUAAUAGCGUGGUUAGCCCGCGUUUCUGCAUGCCAUUUUAUUUUUUUUUCUGGCUCUACGUGUCUACUGUUGUGAGACGUUAUAUUUAUAACUCAUGUAAUACAAUUACGUGCAGUGAGAUCGUUUCGUGUUUAGUGAAAACAUCUUCGCUGUUCUUCUGCGAAACAAACCUUGAAGGUAAACUGAACUUGUGUGUCUUUCUCUGUAUUAUUCUGAUUUUCUCAAGUAUAGCAACGUAGUAUAAAAUGAGCGACGACGACUUCAUUAUUCAAACAUUAAAAGAAUGGGGUCUUGAAAAGUGGACAUCAAAAUUUUUAGACCAAGAAAUAAGCCCUUCAUUAUUGUUGAGUGUUUCGGAACAAACAUUAAUUGAAUUAAUACCAACCAUUGGUGCAAGAUGUAUUUUUAUAGAAAAAAGGAAACAGUUUUUAAAAGAACAGUCAGCAAAGAAUAUUUCUAGAUAUGAAAAUGUUCCGAAUACACAAGGUAUAUCUGCAGACAUAUCCAAAGAAAUAAUAGAACAAGAAAAAGAAGUCGAAUUACCUGAAAUAUUGGAACAAAGUGAAAAUGCAAUACUAAUAGAAAUAGAAGAUACCGUAGCUCAUGAAUCAAAGGAUCUCGAUAUUAAAAAUGUGUAUUCCUUAGAUUAUAAAAAAAUUUUGGAACAAUCUAUAGAUGGAAGAAUUAUUAUUGCUAAUUACAAAAAAGAAGUAAAACUUAAUAAACAAUUACGUUCUAAACUUGUUGACGUAAUUAUAACAAAAUUAAUGUCGUUGUUCUAUAGUAACGAACAAGGGAUAUCUCUAAAAAACGAACAUUUUGAGUUUAUUGCAACUCAAAUUGUAAAAAUAUUUCCUACUGAAAAUAUCAGUGUCUAUUACGUUCCACCUAAAACUGAAGGGCCUCAACAAAAAAUUUCUAAAGGAAAAUUAUUCAAUUAUAAAAGUACAUCAAUAAACUGUUUUAAUUCUAUCUACUAAUUAUAAUAUGCGUUAAUGUAUAUGUAAAAGACACACAUGUAUAUAUGUGUACACACGCAAAUGUGUAAUAAAUUCAUUUAA